UUUGAAUAUAAUAGUAAAUCGAUUAUUCAGAUUAAUCGACAAUUAGAGAGGUUGGAGCGAUAAACAGCGGUCACACGCUCCGUUGGUGGACUAUGGAGAACAUAGUGUAUCGUCUAGCAUUGCUGCUAGUCCUCGUGUACUCUGCUAGCGCGAACCCUUGCGAGGGCUUGGAUGGCACAGUGGUCCCUCACAAGACAUCAUGCAGCAAGUACCUGGAGUGCAUACGGGGCGUGGCAAAGGAGCUUACCUGCCAAAUUGGGAACGACUUCGAUGUAGUCACAAGACAAUGUCGUCCAAGAGGCAUAGCAAAAUGUCAGCUGCAAGGCGACAGUCAACCAGAAUCCGGCAAACCGUGUCUAGGAAGUACAGAUCCUGGAGUACAGUGUGAUCCAAGCAGGGAACAGUAUCGCAUCCCGGAUCCGCGAAACUGUGGCUAUUAUUACUUAUGUUACAGAGGAUUGCUUAUACACGAACGGUGCCCGGGGAACUUUGAAUUUAGCUCCAAGCUCUUGGUUUGUACAUUCCCUAACGUAGCACAGUGCAGUAUUACUACAGAAAUACCACCUAUUUCACCAAUCCUUACAACCACGUCAAGAGUGCCAACUAUUCCGCCCGUCACAAGUACAACUGCUGGCACCACUACCGACUGUCGUUGCUCCGUGACCUGUGACUACCCCGACAAACAAUACCUUCUCCCCGACCCGUACGAUUGCAAAUAUUACUACGUGUGCGCGUUCGGGAAGAGACUUCACUUACGCUGCGCUAAAGACUUCGAGUUCAGUCCUAUUAAUUUUAAAUGUAUGCCGGCUGAUGAGGCUCAGUGUAACGUAACUACAACUACUACAACAACGACGACUGCUGCACCUACAACUACAACUACCGAAAUCCCAACUACAACGACGGAAAUACCUACUACUACUACUACAACUGAAGCUCCGACCACAACAACUGAGGUUCCAACCACUACAACAGAAGUUCCUACUACUACAACUGAAGCCCCGACCACAACAACUGAGGUGCCUACUACAACAACCGAAUCUCCAACUACAACAACAGAAGCACCAACAACAACAACCGAAGCCCCAACUACAACCACCGAAAUUCCUACUACUACAACUGAAGCUCCCACCACAACAACUGAGGUUCCAACUACUACGACUGAAAUUCCUACUACUACUACAACUGUAGCCCCGACUACAACGACUGAGGCGCCAACUACUACAACGGAAGUUCCUACUACUACAACUGAAGCCCCGACUACAACAACUGAGGUGCCAACUACUACAACAGAAGUUCCUACUACUACAACUGAAGCCCCCACCACAACAACUGAAGCGCCAACUACUACAACUGAAGUCCCGACCACAACAACUGAAGUGCCAACUACUACGACUGAAAUUCCUACUACUACGACUGAAGCCCCGACUACAACGACUGAAGUGCCAACUACUACAACAGAAGUUCCUACUACUACGACUGAAGCCCCGACUACAACAACUGAGGUUCCAACUACUACAACAGAAGUUCCUACUACUACGACUGAAGCCCCGACUACAACGACUGAAGUGCCAACUACUACAACAGAAGUUCCUACUACUACGACUGAAGCCCCGACUACAACAACUGAGGUUCCAACUACUACAACAGAAGUUCCUACUACUACGACUGAAGCCCCGACUACAACGACUGAAGUGCCAACUACUACAACAGAAGUUCCUACUACUACGACUGAAGCCCCGACUACAACAACUGAGGUUCCAACUACUACAACAGAAGUUCCUACUACUACGACUGAAGCCCCGACUACAACGACUGAAGUGCCAACUACUACAACAGAAGUUCCUACUACUACGACUGAAGCCCCGACUACAACGACUGAAGUGCCAACUACUACAACAGAAGUUCCUACUACUACAACUGAAGCCCCGACUACAACAACUGAAUUGCCAACUACUACAACAGAAGUUCCUACUACUACGACUGAAGCCCCGACUACAACAACUGAAGUGCCAACUACUACAACAGAAGUUCCUACUACUACAACUGAAGCCCCGACUACAACAACUGAAGUUCCAACUACUACAACAGAAAUUCCUACUACUACAACUGAAACCCCGACUACAACAACUGAGGUGCCAACUACUACAACAGAAGUUCCUACUACUACAACUGAAGCCCCCACCACAACAACUGAAGCGCCAACUACUACAACUGAAGCCCCAACCACAACAACUGAGGUGCCAACUACUACAACUGAAAUUCCUACUACUACUACAACUGAGGCCCCGACUACAACAACUGAGGUUCCAACUACUACAACAGAAGUUCCUACUACUACGACUGAAGCCCCGACUACAACGACUGAAGUGCCAACUACUACAACAGAAGUUCCUACUACUACAACUGAAGCCCCGACUACAACAACUGAGGUGCCAACUACUACAACAGAAGUUCCUACUACUACAACUGAAGCUCCUACCACAACAACAGAAGUUCCUACUACUACAACUGAAGCCCCGACCACAACAACUGAGAUGCCAACUACUACAACUGAAAUUCCUACUACUACAACUGAAACCCCGACUACAACAACUGAGGUGCCAACUACUACAACAGAAGUUCCUACUACUACAACUGAAGCCCCCACCACAACAACUGAAGCGCCAACUACUACAACUGAAGCCCCAACCACAACAACUGAGGUGCCAACUACUACAACUGAAAUUCCUACUACUACUACAACUGAAGCCCCGACUACAACAACUGAGGUUCCAACUACUACAACAGAAGUUCCUACUACUACGACUGAAGCCCCGACUACAACGACUGAAGUGCCAACUACUACAACAGAAGUUCCUACUACUACAACUGAAGCCCCGACUACAACAACUGAGGUGCCAACUACUACAACAGAAGUUCCUACUACUACAACUGAAGCCCCCACCACAACAACUGAAGCGCCAACCACAACAACUGAGGUGCCAACUACUACAACAGAAGUUCCUACAACUACAACUGAAGCCCCGACUACAACAACUGAGGUUCCUACAACUACAACUGAAGCCCCGACUACAACAACUGAGGUUCCAACUACUACGACUGAAGCCCCGACUACAACAACUGAGGUUCCAACUACUACAACAGAAGUUCCUAUUACUACAACUGAAGCCCCGACUACAACAACUGAGGUGCCAACUACUACAACAGAAGUUCCUACUACUACAACUGAAGCCCCCACCACAACAACUGAAGCGCCAACCACAACAACUGAGGUGCCAACUACUACAACAGAAGUUCCUACAACUACAACUGAAGCCCCGACUACAACAACUGAGGUCCCAAUUACUACUACUACUGAAAUCCCCACAACUACAACUGAAAUGCCUACAACUACUACUGAAGAACCAACAACUACCCGUCGUCCUAUUGAUGUAACCUGUGACCGCCCCGAUGAGCAAUACCUCCUCCCCGACCCCAACGACUGCAGAUAUUACUACGUGUGUGCGUUUGGGAAUAAAAUACAUUUACGGUGUGCUAAAGACUUCGUGUUUGAUCCCACGGAGCUGAAAUGCGUACCACCAGGUCAAGGAGAUUGUGAUGUAUAUAUAUUUCGAACCAGUACCCGACCGCAUGAAGCUUCGACGCCUGCUCCCUCAUCACAAAAGUCCCGACCUGUAACUGCGUUCCCUCGCAAGAAUUCGUCGCGGAAUGGUCACCAGGGAGAUCGGAAAUGCAUAUUGUCAGCAGCACACUACAGGAUAAUAGACCCAAAAGAUUGUAGAUAUUAUUAUCUUUGUUACUACGGUGUGCCCAUCCAUGAGAAAUGCCCUUAUAAUUUCGAAUUCAGUCCUAAGAUUAUGGAAUGUCUAGCACCCAGUCUCGCUAAAUGCAACACGACGGCAACUACACCCACUCCUGCAACCACAACCACUCAUAAAACUACAACUGCUGUAACCACAACCGUAUCUCCCAAAGAGAUCUGUCAGAACGAGGACUCCUUCUACAGUCUAGUGCCAGAUCCCACUAGCUGCAGAAACUAUUACUACUGCUUUUUAGGAUUUGCUAUUAGAGAUGAAUGCCAAAAUGGAUAUGAAUUUGACCCUACACUUCUGGCUUGUAUUCCAAAAUCCGAAUCGACGUGUAAACCAACAGAAAGUAAAAGUCAAGGAUGGUCGGGUUGGUUUUGGUGAUAUGAGAUAUUUCGUACCUCAUAUGCAACCUAGUUUAAGCUAUUUGUAAUUAGAGAAGAAAUAAAAAGAAGAGAAAGAUUCCACUAGUAAAAUAUUAUGAGAUUUGACAAAUAUGAAAACAUUAAGUGUGGAUUGCACUGUACUUAGGUACAAGUUAAUACCAAUUAAUAUCACACAGGGCAGACAUUAAUAUCACGCAGGGCGGUGCAAGAAUAAAAUGGAUGCAUUAAUAACCACAUGAAUAAGGCGCCACACACGGUUGUUGCACAACUGACGAUAAAUGCGUCAAAAUGGCGACAAUAAUUGUCCAAAUUAUUCUCAAGAUAAUACAAACGUUGAUUUGAAUAGUAUAAUCAUUGAUAAUAAUCUCAUAUUUUUAUAAUUAAAUUAAUUAAAUGUUUUGUAUUCGCGUCAG